AUGACGGCCAUUUCUCUCGAAGUCCCACCGCCAGCCCAGUUCGGGCGAGGGCCGAACUCGGGCCAAUUCCCACGAACUGCCGCGCUUGUCGCCUCGGCCGCCUCUUCCCCAGCCCGGCAUCCUGGAUCUUUCAUGCGCCAAACUACUCACGCCAUGUCGCAUCUCCAAGCCCAAUACGCCGAGGCUUCAGCAUCCGCCGCGGCGCCAGCAGUGCCAGGACUGACAUCCGGGACAGCUCUUGCAUCAUCGUCGGCGCUGCAAGCGAACGCCCCAAACGGCAACUUGGACGAGACCUCCCCCGGCCUCCCCCCUCAGCGACCUGGGCAGUUCCUCGCUGACUCAAGGCGAGCUACCUCGCCGAUGCCACCGACCUUGCGACGGCCCUCGAGUGCGCCCGGAUCUGAUAACCCGGCGGCUACGUCCGGUAGCCGCGCUGAUUCCGACACUGCCGAUGCGAACAACCGCCCGCCCGCUGCUGCGACUCGACCCGUCAAACCGCCCUUACUUCGAUCCAAAAGUGAACACCAUUCACGAUAUGAAGAGCCCGACGAUGAUGUCGAGGAGGAAUUCGAUGACCUUAGCGCGAGGCAUGGCUUUGACGACCAAUACUUGUCUGAGGAUAUCAUCGCCCAACUUGCAAAUAACUGGUACAUGUAUUUCACAGACAAGCGUCACGAGACAACAGGGAAGCCCAAGACCCCCGCCUUUGAGUUGCAGGAUUGGCGGAUGCGCGAUCGACUGAAGACCGUAUCGGCGGCCAUUGCUGUGUGCUUGAAUAUUGGGGUCGAGCCGCCGGACCAGUUACGGACAACCCCGGGUGCCAAACUUGAGGCGUGGCAAGACCCGACUGUGCCUCCAGUAGGCAAGGCGCUUGAGAAUAUCGGCAAGUCUCUGCAGGCGCAAUACGAGACUCUCGCUCUACGGACGCGGUACAAGCAGUAUCUCGACCCGUCCAUUGAGGAAACUAAGAAGUUCUGCAUUUCUCUGCGGCGCAAUGCCAAGGACGAACGAGUUCUCUUCCACUACAACGGCCACGGAGUGCCCAAACCGACCGCUUCCGGCGAGAUCUGGGUGUUCAACAAGAACUACACACAGUACAUUCCCGUAUCACUAUACGAUCUUCAACAAUGGCUUCAGGCGCCGACCAUCUUUGUCUGGGAUUGCUCUGAGGCCGGGAAUAUCGUCAAGAAUUACCACAAGUUUGUUGAAAAACACGAACAGGAGGAGGACGAACUGGGACUCAAGGACCACAACCAUGAGAAGACGAAUUUUCGGCCUUACAUCCACUUGGCCGCGUGCGACUCCAAGGAGAACCUCCCAACGAACCCUCUUCUUCCCGCAGACCUUUUCUCUUGUUGUCUAACCACACCGAUUGAGAUGGCGUUGUGGUUCUUUGUGCUACAAAACCCCCUAGACACGAGUCUCUCCCCUGAAAGGGCGCGGAAACUCCCCGGAAGACUCCAAGAGCGUAGGACGCCAUUGGGAGAGUUGAACUGGAUCUUCACAGCAAUUACGGACACCAUUGCCUGGACCACUCUCCCCCGCCCCCUAUUCCGCAAGUUCUUCCGCCAAGACCUCAUGGUCGCGGCACUCUUCCGCAACUUCCUCCUCGCACAGCGUAUCAUGCCUGUGUACGGAUGCACCCCCCAGUCCUAUCCCGAGUUGCCUGACACCCGGCGACACCCAUUGUGGGAAAGCUGGGACCUUGCCGUGGAUAUGGCCCUGGCGCAAUUGCCGAUGCUCGAGAGAAGGGAGACCGAGGGUAUCCCAUACGAAUAUGUCAAUUCGACGUUCUUCACAGAGCAGCUCACGGCCUUCGAGAUCUACCUAACUCGAGGCGACGCCGUCUCCCAAAAGCCUCCUGAGCAGCUUCCUGUUGUCCUCCAGGUCCUUCUGAGCCAACAACACCGGCUUAGAGCGCUGAUCCUUCUCGGAAGGUUCCUUGACCUCGGCCCCUGGGCAGUGCAGCUGGCCCUGAGCAUUGGCAUCUUCCCAUACGUGCUCAAGUUACUUCAAUCGGCCGCUCAAGAGCUGAAGCCGGUCAUGGUCUUCAUCUGGACCCGCGUGCUGGCUGUUGAUAUCUCGUGUCAACAAGACCUCAUCAAGGACAAUGGCUACACUUACUUCGCGGCCAUAAUGAAGCCGCAAGAGACAUUCCCGGUCGUUGGCGUCAUGGUUCUAGAUGAGCACAAGGCAAUGUGUGCUUUCAUCCUGGCGAUGCUCUGCAAAGGCUUCAAGCCCGGUCAAAUUGUUUGCAAUUCGACGGAUAUCAUGUCCUACUGCCUUCAUCACAUCGAGCACCCCGAGAACCCGCUAUUACGACAAUGGUCCUGCCUUUGCAUCAGCCAAUUGUGGCGGGAUCUCCCCGAGGCUAAAUGGAGAGGAAUCCGCGAGAAUGCUCACCACAAACUCGCUUACUUGAUCAAAGAUCACUGCCCCGAGGUUCGCGCGUCUAUGGUACACGCCAUGACCACGUUCCUAGGGAUCCCAGACUUGACCGAUGAAGUGGCGAGGAUUGAGGAGUCGGUGGCUUGGGCCAUGCUGGAUCUGGCAAAGGAUGGCAGCCCCAUUGUCCGAAAGGAGCUUUUGGUUUUCUUCUCUCACUUCGUCCUCCGAUACGAGAACAAGUUCUUGGUCGCCGCCUACGAACAAUUGCUGGAAGAGAAGGAAUACCAGAUGUUCCCCCCGCCUGAAGAUGGUUUGGACCACAAGAUGGGUCUUCAUUAUGCGCGCCACGACAAUCGCGAGAGAGACGGCACCAUCACACCUGCUGUGUUUGGUGUGGCCCACGAUUCGGUUUUUGCGGCUUGCUGGAAGCACAUCAAUAUCUUGAGUGUCGACCCGCACCCCGAGGUUCAACGGGAUGCCACUAUCAUUCUGGAUUACGUGCACCACGCGCUACUACACUCCCGUGUGGGUGCCCAAGCACAGUCUCUGAUGGACGAAAUCCUUCGGCGCGCUAGGAAAGUGUCGAGGGGUGACAUGAGCCAGAGAACCAGUGUGGCCGGCACCCGUACCGCGGCAGCUCAACCUCUGCCCUCCCCCGGUCUUCUCAAGCGGACGGCGAGCUACUUAUUCGGCCCUCUCAUGGGGACCCUCGAUGGUGCUGCCAACGCCCCGAGCCCACCAGGGACGCCCAAUCUGCAGAGGACAUUUUCCCAACGGAGUCGCAAGGGUCCGAGUCUCGAGGACGCCCCCCCGGAGCAACACGACCAGGUAGCGCCGCCUUCGAAUUACCAUACUUCCAAUGAGCCACUUUGCGCUGGUUACCAGGAGCGUCAGCUCAAAGAGGUUCCAACCCUUCCCCUUGUCAGCACCUUCUUGGACUGGUCGACCGAGUACUUCCGCGAGCCCCAAAUGAAAGCACCGGAGGCCGAAGAACCUGGCAGUAACGAGUACAAUGAACGGUUGUGGAGGCGAGCUCGGAAUGAAGCUGUGCUUAGAGAAACGCAGCCUCAGAAGACGCACGCUAGGACACAUAGGUGGAACAGUCACGCCGGCGUCAUCGUCACCGGCUCUCAGCCGUCCAGGAUGACGUUCCACCAAUUCGAAAACCAUAUCGCGGUUGCUGACGACGGCAACACUGUCACCGUCUGGGACUGGAAAUCUAACACUCGGAAGAGCCGGUUCUCCAAUGGCAACCCUGAGGGCUCCAAAAUCUCCGAUAUGCGUUUUAUCAACGAGGAUGAUCAGGCCCUCCUCAUGACCGGCUCGUCAGAUGGAGUGGUUCGUAUCUACCAUAGUUAUGACAGCGAUGCGGGCGUGGAACUUGCGUCUUCAUGGCGUGCCCUCACACACAUGGUUCCUUCGAAUGUCAACUCCGGCAUGGUUCUCGAUUGGCAGCAGGUCAACGGUCAAGUGCUGGUAGCCGGUGACGAGAGGGUAAUUCGGAUUUGGAACGCCGGCCACGAAAUGUGCACGCAUGAGAUUCCGGCCCGGUCCGGCUCCUGCGUCACUGCACUGACAUCCGACCAAAUGGCCGGCAACAUCUUCAUUGCCGGGUUUGGCGACGGUGCUAUCCGCGUUUUCGAUACGCGCAUGAAGCCUCAGGAGAGUAUGGUCCGCAAGUGGAAAGAUGAUACUCGGCAGUGGGUGCGCUCUGUGCAUAUGCAACGCGGCGGCCAGCGCGAGCUCUUGUCUGCAAGCCGCAACGGCACCGUUCAUCUCUGGGAUAUCCGCAUGGAUCGGCCACUCCGCACUUUCCAGACGACCAAGGAUGUGCUGCGGACCGCCAGUACCCACGAGCAUCUGCCUGUCUUUGCUGUUGGCACGUCUGCGCACCUUGUCAAGGUCUUUGACUUUGACGGCCGGGAGAUCACCCGCGUCGAGCCCUACUCGGGCUUCCUCGGUCACAAGGCCGCGCCGCUCUCGACUACUGCGUUUCACCCACACCACAUGCUCCUCGGGUGCGCUGCCCGCGGCGAUCACCAUGUCAGCCUCUACGCAUGCGGAAACGAACGCAUCAACCAGUUUUGA